UCAAAAAAAGUUCAAACAAAAACGAAGAAAAAUUCAAAAAAGAAAAAAAUAAGACAGAAGCUUGAAGCUUUUCUAAGUAUAUAUACAAAAUAGAUAAGAUUUCUACAAAUAUUUUUGAGGACCACUUAAAGCGGUACGCUGCUACAUUAUAAACAAAUAAUUCGUACCUGCCCAAAGAACGGAUCUUAUAAUAUUCUCUAUACUUGUCUGUGGCUAUGCACCAUACUACGUUUCCACCGCAAAUGAUGGCGCAAAUGAUGAGUGGACAACAGACUAAUGGACAAUGCCCGCCAGCUCAAGCUCACAGUUUGCAUCUUAAUAAUACAAUGAAUACAAAUACAUUGUACCAAACCAAUUAUACCCAGUACAGCCCAAAUGUUCCUGGACACGGUAGACGUCGUACAAUGCAGACAGCGGCAUUGCGGCCGUUGGAUCUGUUACGGCAAUUGGGGGUCGAUAUAUCCUCAUUACGGUACAUGGACUAUGCACAAUUAAACAAUAAUUUUCCUACAAAUUGGUUGAAGAGAAUGAGCGCGUUUGAUAUACCGGUUUUAAAUGUACCUCAAUAUAACAAACCCCCAAGCAAUAUAAUAAAGAAACCAAACUGGUUAAAUAAAGGAAGGUCGUACAAAGGAACCGUCACAAAAAAUGAAUCGUAUAAUAAUAAUAGUGGGGUUAAUCCUUGUCCGUCAACACCAAAGAAGUACUACAACAAUCUAACAGAAUCAUUCGAUGUUAUGAGUUUAUCAGGAGGGCCAGAUAUAAACAAACAUUCAGCAAUCAGACCAAAAGAAAUAUCUUUAGAAUCUUUUCUGGGGUAUAUACAAGAAUAUUAUUAUACACAGAAUAUUUGCCCACCAAUUUCAUUUCAAACAUGUGGAACAUGUAUGAAAAAGCAUGAGAGGGGUGGUUUUCCAGCGUUAGGCCGUAUAUUUCACAAAGGCUUUAUAGAUCCCGAUAGAUACCUUGCUGAAUCUCACUUAGUGGAGGUAACUUCUGUGCCGGGCAAUCUUGUCAUUGAUUCGAUAAACUGGGACGAUUUGUCGCGGCAGAUUUGGUCGAUGUUCGUAUCAAAUCAGCAAACGGAAUCUACUUAUAGAAAUAAGAUAAUAUUGUGGAAAAAUCUUCAACGUCAUGUUAGGAAAGCAUAUCGAAGAUACGAUUUGAUUAUGAUAGGCUCAACAAUGAAUGGAUUUGGUCUUGAAAGCAGUGAUGUCGACAUGUGUCUUUUAGUCAGGCAUGAAAAAGUAGAUAACAGGGAGACGGCCCUCAUGCAUUUAAACCAAGCAUUAAGAUGCCUCCAGAGAUAUAAGUCCAUAGAAAAUUUGGAAAUUAUACAAGCAAAAGUGCCCAUCAUAAAUUUUCACGAUUCAAGACAAAAUUUAAAUGUUGAUAUAAAUUGUAACAGCAGCAUUGCCAUUCUGAAUACGCAUUUGUUAUAUUGUUAUUCAAGAAUUGAUUGGAGGGUAAAACCGCUAAUACUAAUUGUGAAACUGUGGGCCCAAUUUCAUAAAAUCAAUAGCGCUAGGAAUAAUACGCUGUCCAGCUACUCUUUGGCUCUCAUGGUCAUAAGCUUCUUACAGUGUGGCGUCAAUCCCCCGAUUCUGCCGAAUUUGCAAUACCAUACAAGUCAGUUUCGAAGCUUCUAUCACGAAGAUAUUCAGCCCAUCAUUGAGGAUAUUCACAAGAAAGAUUUAGGAUCGGUAUAUAUUGGUUCUUCGUUGUACCACAGCAGAAACACCCAAUCUCUCGGAGAACUGCUUCACGAGUUCUUUAGAUACUAUAUAAGUUUCGAAUUCGAACAGCAUGCGGUAUCUAUAGAGGCAGGAUAUAAAAUAAAGAAGGAAACUUGCCGUUCAGCGAUCUAUCCCAAUAAUAAUCGCGGUCAUUGGAAAUAUAUAGGUAUCGAAGAGCCAUUUGACCGCACCAAUACAGCGAAAGCUGUCUUUGAUGAGAAAAUAUUCUACAGGAUUCAAUCUGUAAUUGGUCAGUCAUAUAAACGACUGGCCGGUAGUAACAAUCUCAACAGUCUGUUUAUCGAGAUACCAGAAGAGCAAUACCUGUCAUCUGAAUCGCAUGAGCCUGAUUCACGUAAAAGUAUCUCGUGUUUAGUGCCUACUAGAUCGGCAUAAAAAAGUGUAAUCAUUAACUAGAACGUAAAUAAUAUUUAAAAACGCUCUAUUUUGGACGAUUCUCAAGUUCUUUCGGAUUGGAUUGAAAAGGCAUUAGAAACGUCGUUGGUUUAAAGGUCCGUGGAUCUAAAAUGAUAUAGCUGGAUUCAAAGAAGCGGAAUAAGGCUGUUUAGAGUGUUUUUUACACGAUGUGUUUGGUAUACCUUGUAAACUUUUUGAACAAUUUAUAAUAAUUGUGAGAGAUUUAGCGGAAUGACUCGUUCUGCGUUUCAUUUUUCAAUUUAAUUUAUAUUCUUUAAUUUUAUAAUCGCUUUGUGAGGGAUUUCAGAGUUAUUAUUGACUGUACAGCAUCUGGAAAGAAGACAGAAUGAUUUCUGCAUUGACUUAACGCAGCUUAGACAUGAGCUCACGUCUGACAUUUCUUUCUCUGUCUCGGAGAGUAGCAAUUGUACAAAAAAGCAAGUAUUACUUCCUUUUUUUAUAUAUAUAUAUAAUGCCGUUACUCUAGGAUAUUAUUUAACUGUCCGAAUUAUAUUUGUGAUGUGUGGAUUUUAUGCGAUCUAUAGUUCGAAACAAAUUUUUGAUUGAGAAUAUGUUCUUGGAGAAUAACAUUGUAUACAGGUAGAGUUACGUAACGUAUUACAGAAAAAACUUUGACUUAGAUCGGUAUUCAUAGUCGGACCUUAUAUUCAAAACCGUCUUAAGUUUAUCUUCAGAUGCUAUACGGCUCAUUUCAUUGGCUAUGAAACGUCUGAAGAUGAACUUAAGACGGUCUUAAAUAUAAGAUUCGAUUAUGAAUAUCGGCUCUAGUCAAAUAUCGCAUCAAAAUUAAGUCGGCUGUCUUCAAUAUUUUUCAAUAUUAAAUAUAUAUUUCAGAUUAAAAUAU